ACGCUUCACACUCCGGAGAAACCGAACGAAACGCAGGGACUUGGGAACGGACGAGGAAGGAUGUCUCAGCAGUGUUUUCUGGGCCUCCAGCUCUCUCCCAGAGCCCUUCCCCCAGCUCCGAAAAGCUUCCUGGAAAUGUCCCCGUUAUCACUUCCCCUCUCGGGCUGGGGGCUGGGAGCGGGCGGUCCCCUCCGCCCCCGGCCGCUCGCUGGCGCUGGCCGGCCCGCGGGCGCCACCGCGCAGCACAGCUCGGAGAGGGGCGCGCCCGCUCGCAGCUCCGCGCCGCCCCAGCGCUCGGCCCCGCCGCGUCCGCCCGCGCCUCCGCCCGCUCCGACAUGAGGGUCUCGCGUGGGCGCUGCGCGGCGCUGCUGGCGUGCCUCGCCCUGGUGCUUUCCGUCUCGGAGGCAAGCUUUUUGUCAAAACAACAUGCUUCACAAGUCCUGGUUAGGAAACGUCGUGCAAAUAGUUUGCUUGAAGAAACCAAACAGGGUAAUCUUGAAAGAGAAUGUAUUGAAGAACUGUGCAAUAAAGAAGAAGCCAGGGAGGUCUUUGAAAAUGACCCUGAAACGGAUUAUUUUUAUCCAAAAUACUUAGGUUGUCUUGGCUCGUUUCGAGCAGGAUUAUUCACUGCUGCACGUCAGUCAACUAAUGCUCACCCUGACCUAAGGAGCUGUGUCAAUGCUAUUCCAGACCAGUGUAAUCCCCUGCCAUGCAAUGAAGAUGGAUAUAUAAACUGCAGAGAUGGCCAAGCUACAUUCACUUGCAUUUGUAAAUCAGGCUGGCAAGGAGAAAGGUGUGAAUUUGAUAUAAAUGAAUGCAAAGAUCCCUCAAAUAUAAAUGGAGGUUGCAGCCAGAUUUGUGAUAAUACACCUGGAAGUUACCACUGUUCCUGUAAAAGCGGUUUUGUUAUGCUUUCAAAUAAAAAAGACUGUAAAGAUAUGGACGAAUGCUCUAUGAAGCCAAGCAUUUGUGGCACAGCUGUGUGCAAGAACAUCCCAGGAGACUUUGAAUGUGAAUGCCCUGAAGGCUACAGAUACGAUCCCAAAUCAAAGUCUUGUGAAGAUGUAGAUGAAUGCUCUGAGAACAUGUGUGCCCAACUUUGUAUCAAUUACCCUGGAGGUUACUCUUGUUAUUGUGAUGGGAAGAAAGGAUUCAAACUUGCUCAUGAUCAGAAGAGUUGUGAGGCUGUUCCAGUGUGCCUUCCCUUGAACCUUAACAAGAAUUAUGAAUUACUUUACUUGGCAGAGCAGUUUGUAGGGGUUGUUUUAUAUUUAAAAUUUCAUCUUCCAGAAGUCACCAGAUUUUCAGCUGAAUUUGAUUUCCGGACAUAUGACUCAGAGGGUGUUAUACUGUAUGCAGAAUCUCUCGAUCAUUCAGCUUGGUUCCUGAUUGCACUUCGUGAUGGAAAGAUUGAAAUUCAGUUUAAGAAUGAGUAUACAACCAAAAUCACAAUUGGAGGCAAAGUUAUUAAUAAUGGUCUAUGGAAUAUGGUGUCUGUAGAAGAAUUAGAACAUAGUGUUAGUGUUAAAAUAGCUAAAGAAGCUGUGAUGAAUAUAAAUAAACCUGGAAGCCUUUUUAAUCCUACAAAUGGAUUUUUGGAAACCAAAGUAUACUUUGCAGGAUUCCCUCGGAAAGUGGAAAAUGCACUCAUUAAACAGAUUAACCCUCGUCUAGAUGGAUGUAUACGAGGCUGGAAUCUGAUGAAUCAAGGAGCUUCAGGAGUAAAGGAAAUUAUUCAAGAAAAACAAAAUAAGCAUUGCCUUGUUGCUGUGGAGAAGGGCUCCUACUAUCCUGGUUCUGGAGUUGCUCAAUUUAGCAUAGAUUAUAAUAACAUAUCCAGUGCUGAGGGUUGGCAAGUAAAUGUGACCUUGAAUAUUCGCCCAUCCGCAGGCACUGGUAUUAUGCUUGCCUUGGUUUCUGGUAACACGGUGCCUUUUGCCUUGUCCUUGGUGGACUCCACCUCUGAAAAAUUUCAGGAUAUUCUGGUAUCUGUUGAAAAUACAGUGAUACUUCAGAUAGAGGCCAUGAGUCUAUGUUCUGGUCAACAAUCGUUUCUGGAAUUCAGAGUCAACAGAAACAAUCUGAAGGUGUGGACUCCACUUCAAGAAUAUACCAUCUCCUCUGCACACUUUGAAAGACAAUUUGCCAUCUUGGAUAAAGCAAUGAAAGGAACAGUGGCCACUUACCUGGGUGGCAUUCCAGAUGUUCCAUUCAAUGCCACACCAGUGAAUGCCUUUUAUAAUGGCUGCAUGGAAACAAAUAUUAAUGGUGUACAGUUGGAUCUGGAUGAAGCCAUUUCUAAACAUAAUGAUAUUAGAGCUCACUCGUGUCCAUCAGUUCAGAAAGACACAAAGAAUUCUUAAGGCAUCUUUUCUCUGCUGAUAAUAUUUUUUUCUUGUGUGUAAUUAUACUUACGUUUCAAUAACAGCUGAAGAGUUUUGCCUAUGAUGUACAAUCUUUAAUUAUUUUGUGGUACUUUAACCUUCCUGGAAUUUUUUUAAAGGUCCUUUUUCAAGAAAAAAAAUCUGUUGUAAUAUAAAUCACCUUAAAAAAAAUCUUUACUCCUAUUGCUGUCUAGAAAUUAAAUAAUGAAACACAUAAAAAUUUUAAAUUUGAAUUUUUUUGCUAGAAAUGAAAUCAUUUCAAUUUUUAUUUGUAAAAGUAAAUUUUAAUUUUGUCAUCAUGAACUAGUGUUUAAAUAUCUAUUCUUCUCAGAAGACAAAGAAGUAAAGCCAAACAAAAAUGCAUGUGAUUAAAUAUUAUCCAUCAUAGGCAGCGUUUUGUUUUUGUUUUUCCCUAAUGAAGGCAGAAGAGAUGGCCUACUAAAUAUGAAUUGAAUGGAGGGCCAUAAAGCUCUAUUCCAAAGCAAUUCCUCAGGGGGACCAGCUUUGGCUUUAUCUUUUUCUUUCCUGGCUUCAUGUGUGAACCAGUAUCUUUACUGAAUUAGAAAAAAAGUAGGACAAAUUUUCAUGAGAAUAAUCUUGCUUCUUGGGAAUUAGGUUCCAUGAGGAGACAUUCAUUAUAUUUUGUUGGAAUAGGUGUAGAAAUCUGAGAUGGAUAUAUUCCUUAAAUUUUGGCUCUGUGGGUCACAAAAGUUCUGCGUUAGAAAAGGCAGAAUUUAGUGAUGGAAACAAGAAUGAACAAAUGUGGAAUUUCAUAGUUUUCCUUGAAUCCAACUUUUAAUUACCAAAGUAAAUUGCCAGAACCUGAUUGUUGAAGAACAAAGGAACUAUGAAAAUUACAACAAAUUUUAACAAAAGGAUAACCACAGAGAGAUACAGUUAAUAUUGUGUUUUUGUAAUCAAAGAAGUAAGGAGGUAAAUUGACACACACUUGCUGGUACUGCAAUGCAUUUCAAGUGGCAGUUUUGUCACUCUUGAAUCUAUUAUCGCAUCAGGUGUAUAUCAGAUAUUUCAUUGACAGUUUUAGAAAAUAAACUUCCUUUUACUGUAGAUAUUUCACAUCACAUAAAACAUAAUAAAUUGACAUAAUUUUGAAAUGUAUAUGAUUAAUAUCUUUAUUCUAUCAACUCUUUUAACACAACAUAAAAUUAUAUGAUAUCCCUCUAACUCU